AUGAUGACGAACCCAGCGGAAAUCAUGGAAAGCGUUCAGAAGGAGCAACUGAAUCCCAUGUCAACCCCCUCUGUCAACUUCCUCGAAGCACUUCCCGAUGUCGUCUUCUAUGCGGUGAUGGAGAAAUUUAUUCUUCAAAACAUUCAAUUGCGGUCGAUCGAUCAAAACAUGUUCUGUCGUUCUCCUCCAACAACUUCAAAUAUAAAUGAGAACAACACGCGCCACAAUGCCACAAUAGUCGCAGCAGAAGAAAGCAGCGGUUUGCCGUUGUGGGCGAUUCUGCCUUUUGUCGUGCUUGCCUUUCUCGCAGUUGUUUGCUUCGUUAUCCUUCUCAUUGCCACUAGGAUCAGAGGUUUCGCCAGUGUUCGCUUUUUCAGAAAAACAGCACAUGAGCUCGAAAAUGGAUUGUCUGAAGGUAGAAGCACCACAAGACUCAAGGCAGGAGGCAAAAAACGAGAGCCCUCAGGAAGCAGAGCAAGCAAACAAUCAUCACAAAAGAUUCAUCUCGGCUUUUCUACACAUAACCCACCUUCAGAUCGAACUUCUGCGACUCAGUCUAUUAUCGCCAACUUGAAAGUUAACACAUCCGAGUCUUUGAAAACCCGGGCAGAGCGUUGGGAAAAGGAGAAGAACAGUAAGGGAGUUGCGCAAUGCUUCGGUUUUCCACAUGGAUGGGAACAACUACAAAUGACAAGGCCUUAUCAACAAUUCGACCAGUCCAACAUCUAUGUCUACUGUGAUUGCUCAGAUUAUCGACAAAACACCGGAAUCGGAGCCUUUUACGGAAUCGGCCACCCACUCAAUUUCGGUCUAAAUAUUGGGACAACGCGGCACCCAUUUUUUGGCGAAUUAUUUGCUAUCAAUGCUGCUCUACAUUGUCUUUCACAAUGGGGUGGAUACAAAAAUGAAGAAGUCACGCUUCGCACCGACUGCCUCAAUGUAAUCAUUGCCUUGAGGAAUGUGAAAAAGAAUGAGAACGAGCCGUUGAUCGACGACGAAAAGACGUUGAAUGAUUUCAACGAAGAAGAAAAAAAAGAAGUGGACAACUUGUUUGAGCUUCUGCAGUCUUUUCGAAAGAUUACGAUUCAAUGGCUCCCAAGUCAUACCGGAGAUAUGGGGAACGACUAUGCUGAUGCACUUGCUUACUUUGGUAGAGUUGGUACUACGACCCAAUGGAAGUCAGUGUACGAUCACGAAAAGUACAAGCUCGCGGCAAAGUGGAACCAACCACAGCACGAAAUUACAUUUGGUCAUGGCAAAACGGACUCGAAGAAGCCAAAACUCAACUACCCUUACGAAGGAAAAAUUCACAAGUUUCUGGAGGACCUUCAGAUUGAGGAGAUAAAGCAGAUUAAUGAG